AGCUCGGCCAAAACACGCUUGUCGGCUGUCAGUCGAUACAGAGCUGUGAGGCGGGCGCCCGCACGCCGCCGCCGCGCGCCACACUCGCCGCUCCCGCGACCGACCGACCUACUCGCUACUCCUGGCCUACCCAGCCUCUCAACACAUUAACAAGUGCUGUAAUUUACCUAAACAAAGACAAGGACUCACUCUCCCUAAUUUAGAAUUUAAAUAUUAACAACAACCGUGACGUUAAGUGAGGUGGCACGAAAUUCAUAAAAUAACGAGUUUUCUCCCAAAGAUGGGCUCUUAAGGAGAAAAUAAAAAGGCCAAUGAGCGUCGAGCGCGCGCCGCGCCAAUGUGCAGAUGUAAACAUGUGACGCUCAAAACUUUGAAAACGAGCGGGAAAAUGAAGCGUCGCUCUCUCGCGACGAUCCGGGAGGAGAGCAGCCGGGGCAGCGUGUGCAACAGUGACGCCGCUAUCUACGCGAUGGUGACGGCAACAGCGGUGCUGAGCUACGUGAACAGCCUGGGCGGGCAGUUCGUGCACGACGACAUCCCCGCCAUCUUGACCAACGGUGACGUCACGGGCGCCAGCUCGCUCAAGGAGCUGUUUCUGAACGACUUCUGGGGCACGCCGAUGGCUGACGUCACCAGCCAUAAGUCUUACAGGCCGCUUACUACGCUGUCUUUCAGGUUGAACUACGCUUUGGCGGGGCUCCGGCCGUGGUGGUGGCACGGCUGCAACGUGGUGCUGCACGCCGCCUGCUGCUCCCUAGUGGCGCGUGCUUGCGUCACGGUGGCGCGGCUGCAGCGCCCCUUCGCUGCGUUGGCCGCGCUGCUGUUUGCGGUCCACCCUGUACAUACUGAGGCGGUGGCGGGGGUGGUCGGCCGCGCCGAUGUACUGGCGUGUAUAUUCUAUCUGUCGUCGCUGCUUGUGUACCACCGACCCACGAGUGACAAGAAGUGCAUGUGGCUGAGCAUCGUGCUCGGGGCUCUCAGUAUGCUGGCCAAGGAGACCGGGGUCACCAUACUGCUGCUGAACCUCGCCUUCGACUUCUACCGAUGCUGGCCCAUGGUCCGGAGAUCCCUCUGCCCCAUGAAGUUCGAGCGAAAGCACUCAGGCCUCUCACUGCGCUCGCUCAAGGUGCUGGUGUCGCUCGCGCUGCUCGUCUGUCUGCGCCUGGCGCUGCUGCAGGGCUCGCUGCCCUCCUUCUCCGCGCAGGACAACCCGCCCGCCUUCCACCCGAGCUUCGUAGUCAGAUUGAUGACAUUCUGCUACCUGGCGGCGUUCAACUGGUGGCUCCUCCUCUGUCCGUGGACGCUGAGCCACGACUGGCAGAUGGGUUCAGUACCGCUGGUGACGAGCGGCUGGGACCCCCGCAACCUGCUCACGUGCGCAGCCUUCGGAGCUCUCGUGCUGCUGUGCUACAGGUGUAUUGCUGACUUGGACGUGCAGAGGCACACACCGGCCGUACUGGGGCUCCUGCUGCUCGUCAUCCCCUUCGUGCCAGCCAGCAACCUGUUCGUGACCGUCGGCUUCGUCAUCGCAGAACGAGUCCUAUACAUACCCAGCGUGGGCAGCGUGAUCAUCACGGCAUACGGCGUGCAGCUGAUGUGGAUGUCCCGGCCGGGCGCGCGGGGGGCGCUGGUGCUGGGGCUGGCGAUCCUGGCCGCCAGCGGAGUGGCCAGGACGCACCGCCGGAACUACGACUGGAGGGACCGGCCGACGCUGCUCAGGGCGGAUCUGGUGACGUUGCCGCAGAAUGCGAAGCUCCACUACAACUAUGGCAACUACCUGCGCGAGGCCGACCAGCCUGAAGCUGCUGUGAGGCACUACAAGGAGGCACUCAGGUUAUGGCCGACGUACGCGAGCGCGCACAACAACAUCGGCACGCUGGUGUCCGGCGUGGAGAACGCAGAACACCACUUCCUCCUGGCCAUCCGGUUCAACCGGCACCACGUCAACGCACACUACAACUUGGGGAAACUUUACAAGAAAAGCGGUAAAACGGAGCAGGCUCGGAGAAUGUUCGAGAAGUGCGUGUCGCUGCACCCGCGCUUCGUGCAGGCGCACGUGGAGCUGCUGGGCCUUAACCCCGACAAGGAGAAGAGGAGCAUCCUCAAGAGGAUCCUGCAGCUCGAGCCCGGCAACUGGGAGCACUACCUGUUCUAUGGGAACUGGCUCAAGAGUAAAGAUUUCCCCGGUCCUGCAUCCCGAUAUUUCCUGGAGGCGUUCCGGCUCAGCCUGCGCAACCGGGACCUCGGCCGCCCGGUCCGGGAGGACCUCAUCUCCCUGAGGUCCACGGCCCUCAUGUACCGCACUCUGGGACACCGCUCCCGGACCCUGCAACUUUUAACAAGAUGGCACACGUGGCGGCGCGGCGGGCCCAGCGCAGCGGCGGUGCACCUCAACCUGCGCGAGUGGAGGCUCAAGAUGGAGCUGCGGGACCGCGCCCAGCUCUACUCGCAGGCGUCCAUGAACCCUAGCAAGUCGACGCGAUGCUACGACCACUCGCAGCUGGCGGUGGAGGCCGCCGACCUGAAGGUCGAGACCGUCGGCGACCUCAAGGACGCCACCCUCAAAACAAUCCCAAUCCUACAUUCAAUACUUGUAAAUAACGAAGAAACUAGUGUUAAAAACGCCAUUGAUAAUAAGAAUAGCAAUUGUAAGCAAACGUGUGGGACCAAAAAACGAACUGUUUCGAUACCAACGCAAAUCAAAACCACACAUAACAAAUCGGAAAUAGGUAGAGAUAGACAUAAAGAUAAGAAGUGCAGUGGCGGUAGUGACAAGGACAGUGCGGUGAAGGACAGAGACGGCAUGCCCAGCAUCGCCGCGCCAUUGGCCGAACACAUUUUGUUGAAAACGUUCUGAAUUUAAAUGCAGUUUUGAGGUUAGAUUUAACGGUAAGUGCGGCCUUCGUUUUGCCUAUUGUAAUGGAUUUGACCGUCGUUGUGCCAUAUAUUUAAUUUUAUUCUUGUUAACACUGUAUUGUUUUGUUUAUCAAUGUUUAUGAAGCUGACAUCAACUUACCUUUCAUGUGUAUAAUUGGAUCCGAAUGGCAACAUUCAAUUUGCUUAUAUGAUUCUCAUUAUACCUAUAUUGUUAUUUAGGUUAUUGAUGAAUUUAGUGUGUAAUCUAUGUACCAUGACAAUAUUUCAUGAUGACCUACCUACCUUUUACGUUGUCAAAGUUAAAUUACUUAUGUAAGGCCAGGCUUGGAAAAUUAAUCAUAUUAUUAUAUCGUUAGAAAUAUAUUUAGGCAAACAUAAGUACAUUAUGCUUUUCAAAUGCUUUGAAACUUUGCAUUGAAUUAUUUUUUAUGAAGAAAGCAGAGCAUUUAAAAUCUGACGUCUUAGGUGCAAUAUUUUAACGCGUUUUAUGUAAAUAUCAUGUAAAAAAUCUGAUUGGGAUUGAUGAAGCGACAAUAAAGUUAUGUACAUAAAUUGAAUCCACGAACAUAGCUUGUGUGUAUAAUCAUUUUCAAUAAUCAAAGUGUACAUUUUACUGAAUAAUUUUCUAAGCCUGUCAGGAAUUAGAUAGAAAUAACUAAUUUAAAUAAACCAUUUGUGGUAGAAUAAAGAUGAGAAGUAUAUAUUUUUGUCAGAGAGCGCAAUUGUGUAAUUUGAAUGUACCUAAUCACAAUGUUUGCUGUAGAGCUAGAUGUAAGUAGUUGUAUAAACUGUAGUUAAGCGUCGAUGCCGAGAGUUUGAAGACGGCGACACGAUAAUUAUUGCUUCGCCUUAACUCAGUGUUUAACAAAAAUAUUUUGUAUCAAAACUUACAUCUUCAUUGUUUUAAAUUUAAUUGCUCGAUCAGUAUUUGCCAAGGUUUGUGGCUGUUUAUAAUGUAUGCGUUUUAGAAAUAAAAGUGAAACGAAAUAACUUUA